GCGCGGGAGGACGAGCUUAGUGUGCAAAUGGGAAGUCCCCAGGCUCUGGCGAAGGGACACUCCGCGGGAGCUGGACGGAGGCUAGGGCCACUGCUGACUACUGGCCUCCGGCAGUGGAGAGGUCUGGGGACCCGCCCCAGCCUGGUGCCUCCAUCCUCAUUCAUCGCAUGCCCUACCCCGGAUGACCCCAACUAGGUUCCUGCGCCUACCUUCCCGGGGGACUCGGCAGGUGUGUGCAAGAGCGGGGCCUAGGCUUGGUGCGUGCGGCCCACAGACUUCCUUGCGGGUGGAAGGUUUUCUAUCAGAUGUUCUACCAUAAUAAUGCUGGAGUUAAGAAGUCUCUGUUCCUUUGCUCCGAACCAGAAGGCUUUGUUCCCCACAUAUAGAAUAGGAAUAGUACUGGUGAGAAACUGGUUGUCAUUGAAAACUGAAGAUUGUCAUUGACUAUUUAACCAAAGCUGUAUGCUGAAGUAAGUUCAAUUAUCUUGGAAAUACUAAGUUGGGAUAACCCAAAUCUGUUUUACAACCAUGAAAAUUUUGCUCGCUUUUGACUUUGACAAUACAAUCAUAGAUGACAAUAGCGACACCUGGAUUGUACGGUGUGCUCCAGAGAAAAAGCUUCCUAUUGAACUACAAGAUUCUUAUGAAAAAGGAUUUUGGACAGAGUUUAUGGGCAGAGUCUUUCAGUAUUUGGGAGAUGAAGGUGUAAGAGAAGAUGAGAUGAAAAGAACAGUGACAUCAAUGCCUUUUACUCCAGGGAUGGUGGAGCUUUUAAACUUUAUAAGUAAGAACAAGGAUAAAUUUGAUUGCAUCAUUAUUUCAGAUUCAAAUUCAGUCUUCAUAGAUUGGAUUUUAGAAGCUGCCAGUUUUCAUGAUGUGUUUGAUAAAGUGUUUACAAAUCCAGCAGCUUUUGAUGGCAGUGGUCAUCUCACUGUGAAAAAUUAUCAUGCUCAUUCUUGCAAUAGGUGUCCCAAAAAUCUUUGCAAAAAUGUAGUUUUGGUAGAAUUUAUAGAUAAACAAUUACAACAGGGAGUGAAUUAUACACAAAUUGUUUACGUAGGUGAUGGUGGAAAUGAUCUUUGCCCAGUAACCUUUUUAAAGAAGAAUGAUGUUGCCAUGCCACGGAAAGGAUAUGCUUUACAGAAAACGCUUUCCAGAAUGUCUCAAAAUCUGGAGCCCAUGGAAUGUUGUGUUGUAGCUUGGUCUUCAGGUGUUGAAAUAAUUUCUCACUUACAAUUUCUAAUAAAGGAAUAAUAUGCCAACAA